AUGACCUCGUGGGAACUGUCACCGCUCUACCGGCACUCGCACACCCUCGUCCUCGCCAACUCGCCCAACCUCGUCUCGCUCCACCGCGACCGCCUCGUCCUCCGCUCCCUCGCCGACCUCUCCCCAAUCCGCUCAUGGACCCUCCCCUCCCUCCCUCACCCUCUCACAACCUUCGCGGCAUCCCCCUCUGAUCCAAACUACGUCCUCGUCUACUCGGCGAAACAGCGCGCGGCGUGGGUUGUCGAUCCUGCAAAGGAGGGAGAGGUGGCGAGGAUCGAGGUGGGCAAUGAGGGGUGCGUCGCGAUGGCUUGGGCACGGACGGGCGACGGGGCGAAUCCGACCGUGAUGGCUUGGGCGGCUCACCAUCUACACCUCUCCCUCUUCCCCCUUCCCUCCCCCUCCAGCCCCUCCCCUUCACCCGCCCUGCAGCCCUUCCGCAUCCUCUCGCCCAAACACUCUCCCUCCCCUUCCUCCUCCGAGGAACAGGGAACAGGCUACUCUUUCCGACCCGACGGGAAAUUCUUAGCCGUCCUUGAGCGUCACCAGGCGCGUGACGUGAUUGGUGUUUAUUCGACUGGCUCGGCUUCAGCAGCGGGAGAAUGGGCGUUGGUCAAGAGCAUCACACUCCCCGACCCGACCUCCGACCUCGCAGACCUCUCCUGGUCCCCCUGCGGUCGGUACAUAGCCGCCUGGUCGUCCAUCACCGACUACACAGUGCAUGUCUUCACGCCGACUGGGACGCUCCUUUCAACCUAUACGCCUUACGCCUCUCUCUCCCCUCCCGCUUCGUCUUCCACUUCUACCAGCUCCACAUCCUCCCGCAAACCUUCCUCCGCCUCAACAUCCACUCCGACUGCGAUCACAGGAAACAAAGACUGCACCCUCACCCGCCUCGACCGCUCGACCCAUUCCUACGUCGGUCUCGGGAUCCGAACGGUCCAGUGGGGUCGAGACGGCGAAUGGCUCUCGAUAGGCGGGUGGGACGGCAAGGUCAGGGUGUUGAGUAGGAAGGGGUGGGGUGCGGUUGCUGAGGUUGGGGUGCCUACACGGUUGACGGGGGGAGUCGGGACGCAGAACGUAUGGCGCGAACCACCCAAUUGGGUCUCCAACACCCGCGGACACGGGAUCCUCUCUUACGACCCCGUCCCCCUCCCUCACUCACUCACCCCCCUCCCACUCGACUUGACCCGCCCGAACCCGCGAAUGGGCGUAGAGAGGAUCGUUUGGAGCGAGAGUGGGCGGUGGGCUGCGGUCCUGAACGCGGCGUUCCCGAACGUGAUUGCGAUAUUCGACUUUUCGACCCUCGUCGCCCUCGCUUCCAACGCCCACGAGGGGGAAACCCCACCUCGUCCCUCCCUCCACACGCUCCUCCUCCUCUGCCCUUCCUCUCCCUCUCCCUCUCCCCCGACUCCCGCCCUCGCAUGGCAACCCUCCCGCGCUUUCUCAGACGGAGAAGCAGAAGUCCUUUGCUGGGUCGGCGGUGAGAAAGGGUUUGGGAUGUGGCGUGCCCCGACGUCGCGGAAGGAGAAGGGGCUGGCCGAGUGUGUUGGGAUCCCUGCGCGAGGGGACUUCUCUGCGCAUUCGCUCGCUUUCGCACCAGACGGCGAAGCCCUCGUCCUUUCUUCCUCUCCUUCCACCUCCACCUCCUCCACCGCUUCGGCAGAAGGGACGUUCUGUGUCGCUUAUCCGGUGUACGAGGGUGACGAAGUGCACGUGCCCAGCGGCGGAAGAGCGGCGGCGGACGAGUCUCUCGGAGGUGCGGGUGGGCGGACCUGGACAGAGGACGAAGCAGAGGAGGGCGAGUCGGAUCUCUGA